AUGGUGUCAAAGGUGCAAGGAACCACCGUGAUCAAGGUGGCCAGGGUUGCGCCCCCCAACUUGGCACCUGAGGGGACCUGGCUCGACAACAGCACAGCCCUGCACUUGGAGAAAUGCAACGUCUCCUUCGCGGCUGUGCGCAUGCCCCAGAACUGCUUGGACCGGCCCAAGGUCUGCCCAAAAGAUGCCCUGGGGCCACUCCUGUCUUCCAGGCAGGCAGCGGACGCAGUCCUGAGCGCCGUUGAGGCCUUCAAUCAGACGCAGAUCAACCCGGAUAUGCCCUUGGGUCUGCUCAUGGACGGCACUCAGAUUGCCGACCGGAUGGCACUCCUGCAUUUUGAAGGGAACACCUCUGCGCUGCUGCUUGUGGCGUCUGCCGCCAUGGGUGAGCUGGUGAUGCUGCCUCCGGAGGGGUUUCAGGCUCCGGCUGCAGCCAAUGCGCAGCCGCAGCCACCUGUGCCAGAGCAGCCGGCAGCUUCCGGGGCAGCUUCCGCGGCACCCCAAGCUGCCGCCUCAGCUGCCGGACCAUCCCAGGCAAAGGCUGAGAUUGUCAAGUUUGCAUGGCAGGACGCAAGUGCGGAGCUGGGAGUGGUUCUGGGCCUCUCAGAGGGAGAAAUUGCACUGGCGGCCCAGAAGGCGGCAGUGCACGCAGCCAACGUGGCGCGGCAGCGUGCGGCCGACCCGGCACCAGGGGGUCCCCCUCCCCCCCACGGUGGCGUCGCACCAGGGGGACCCCCCAUCGCCAAUGUUACCACCGCGGGGGGCGCUGUGAUCUGGGUGGUGUGGGCAGAGGCGCACCUGGAGCGCAUUUCUCCGUCGUUGCUGCUAGGAUACGCGCUGCUGGCAUCCCGGCGCGAGAGCGCGCUCUUUCUGCGCAUGGCCACCGGGUUUGGCUUCGCGCAGAUGGGCGACUACAACGCGAGCAGCUUCUACCGCUUCGCAAAGAGGGGCCACCGCUUCAAGUGCUGGGAGUGCGGAGUCAAGAAGAAGGCCCCCUGCGGCGAGGUGGACCGGCCGGACCUGCCCUGGUGUUGUCACCGCCGUUUGGGGGCGUACCUCCCCCUCCUCUCCGCCUCCAGGGCCGCCAGCGGCAUAGCCAUACAAAGCAAGUCGGUGUGCUUCGUGCCGCUGCUGCCGCCGAAGGACGCGCAGACGGACCCCACGGACCCCCUGGGAAUGCAGCUGGCGCACAUCCCUCCUCCGGCCUCGGUCGUGGCCCUGGCAGAGCUGCUGGCGCACAAGCCCAGCCACCCCAUCGAGUGCAUCGGCACGGCGCUCGCGCGGCUGGCGCCGACCUGCCGGUCGCUGUGGGAGACCCCCUGGAUCUGCGAGAAGCUGUCCAAGGUCGUCAACAGGGACGAGGCCGCUGCCACCGGGGUGCACCGGUGGCUGGAAAAGACGGCGUUCUUCAAGAUGCCGCGCAGCCAGGAGGCCGAGUUGGUCGCCGAGAUGAAGCAGCCCUUCGAGGACCUGGUGGGAGAGGUGGUUCCGGAUGUGGAGGGGGCCCCCUGCCUGGGCGGCCACAACCGCACCGGCGCAGACGGCAACCUGCCCGCGCCCAUCCCCACUGUCAAAAUGGUCGACCCCGAGGUCGGCAUCAGCGCAGACGCCAUCCGCCGCAAGAGGAUGGUCAACACGGGGCAGGGCCGUCGCCGUCUCAACGCGCGAGCGGCGCUUCGCACCGUGGCCAUCGCCGGGCGCGCCGGAGAGCGCGAUGCCAGCCCGGGUCUGCUGCCUGACGCGUCAGGUGCCGAUGCGUCAGCUGCUGCAGCCAGCGGCGGGGCGGCGGCCACGUCAGCGCCAGGUGGCGCGGGCGAGGGGCAGCCUGAGGGAUCGCAGGGACCGGACGGCGCGGCCGCGCGGCCGGGACGGCCUCUGGGGCGCCCUCCCGGGCGCGGCCGCGGCCGGGGUCGUGGAGCUGGCAGCGGCAGGGGCCGCGGUACCAAGUCUCCCAGGGCUGGCAGCGAUUCGGAGGAAGAGGCGCCCAGGCGCAAGCGCGGACGCGGCUUCAAAGAACAUGAUGAGGACGACUUGGACGAGGCCAUGCAGGGGCUGGAGGCUCUGCAGCAUGCCUCGCCGCCACGUCAGCGCGCCCUGCGCCGCUCACGGCGCAGCACAACUCCUCCCCAAGACCUAGAGGGCCAAUCACCGAUGUCGUCCCCGGACUUUGCCAAGAUCAAGCCGCCGCGGAAGCUGCGCUCGGCGCCCAAGUCCAAGGGCAGCGAUGCGGAGGACGGGGCCGGGCAGCCCUCAUUGGACAAUAACGACAAUGGGAACUACGAGGUAGAAGCUCCAGUGGACGAGCACCAUGGGUCGCCUGGCGGGCUAUUAAACCGCAGGAGCCCGCGCGUCGCCAGCCUGAACGCAUUCUCCAGCGGCGUUGAAUCCGCGCGGCCGGCCACGCGGCAGCGCAGGGACAACGCCGAGCCGGUCGACCCCAAUGCGCCUGCUCCGCCGCCGGUGAAGCGCACCCCGGGGCGCCCGCGCAAGCAGCCGGUACCCAAGCCAGACGCCGAGGCUGACCCGGCCGAUGAGCAGGACGUCUUGGCGGCCGACGGCAGCGCACAGCAUUCUGGCAGUGCCGGAGGCGGCCAGCCGGCGCGAUCCGGUGGGCCCGGCACGUCCGCAAGCGGACCCAAUCGUCCACUGAGGCAGCCGACCCCCAACGGCGGCGGCGCGCCGAUGCGGGCCGGCCCCGGCGGGCCGCCGAUGCGGCCGGGGCCGAUGACGGCCGGCCCCGGGAUGCGCUCGCGGCCAGCCUUGCCGCUGCUGGUGAUGCAGCCACAUCAGCUGCAUCGCGCGGACAGCGGCGCGCUGACCCUGCCUGGCAACGUCAGCCAGCUGCUGUCUGCAGGCUCCAUCCAGGUCCUGAUCUCGCCGACACUCGCGCCAAGCCACAUCAACGACCGGGCCUCCCUCGAGACGCUGUCUCGCUUCCUGGCCGGAGCGCCGCGCUACCGGCCGCCGCAGGGGGGGCCGUCCCCCAGCCCCCGUGCGCCGCCACCGGCCUCCGGCCGCGCGCCGCCGCCGCCGCCACACUCCACGCGAGAGGCGGCGACGGGAACGCCCCGCUUCAGCGCACCUCCCCCACUGCGCCCUAUCUACACUGAGGGCCAGUCCGUGCUGCCCAAUGGGCAGGUCGCGGCGCGCCCGGCCGGGCAGGUCCCCCCUGCCGGGCCCCCAAGUGCGCCAAAUGCUUCGCCAGGACCUUCUGCACUGCCGGAUGCGGCGGUGACAAUCACGCUGGGCGCGCAGCAGCCUGGGGCCGAGCAGAUGCGGCUGCCGCGGCCAGCGAGCCCUGCAAGCCAGCCAGCCAAGACGGCGCAAGAGGGCACCGCAGCAGGGUCUGUGUUGGUGGACACUUCCAUGUUCGCCGCGCGCAACAAUGGAGCCAUGGCCUGGCGGCCUGAUGUGGGGCAACAUGGAGCGCAGGCAUCCUGA